AUGCCUAGCUUUGAUGGAGAAUCGGACGACUCUACAGAGUUUGCCCGCCAUAUGCGCCUACUUCGCACCACCCAAACUGGCGGAACGAGUUUGGACCUGCAAAACACGCCCAUAUUCAACACGGCUGUCAGGAACCGGGCCAGCCAGCUCUCCGGCUCGUCUGACGAUAGCACUUUUAGUCAAUACGGUCUGCUGGGCGGCGUAUCUCCAGACACCAUCGGAGAGGGCACAAACGGCCGGCAACCGUCAGCAAGCGACCCCCGCAUCUUUUACAACGUGACGAGCCCUUCCAGUGUCUUCAUCUGCGGAAGCCAAGGCUCAGGCAAGAGCCACUCUCUGAGCUGCUUGCUGGAGAAUUGCUUGCUGCCCUCGGAUGCGAAUAAACUGCCGCGGCCCCUUACCGGCGUCGUCUUUCAUUACGAUACCUUCAACUCCGAUACCGGCGGCACACCUUCUGAAGCUGCAUACUUGUCGUCGAAUCCUGCUGUCAAGGUGCGAGUUCUAUGUGCGCCAACUAAUCGGGUCAAAAUCGAGAAAAUAUACAGCUGCCUGCCCAAUGUCGUCGUCCAGGAAUUCCGGAUCCACGACUCCCAGCUCAACACCAAGCGCAUGCUUGACCUUAUGGCCAUGGGCUCGGUUGCGGGAGACGCAUGGCCUCUGUACAUGCAUACCGUGACGCGUAUUUUGCGGAACAUGCGUCUUGAACAGCAGGCACUUGGCGAAGAUGGCUUCAGUUACGGAGAUUUCAAGAGGCGCCUCACAGAUGAGGGUCUAGUUGGCACGCAGCUAGGUCCUCUUCAGCAGCGCCUUGAUGCUCUCGAGAGCUUCAUGGUGCCCGACCAUGCUACCCAAACCCGGCUUCGAUCAGGCACAGGAAAGAGAACCCAGAUUGGAAAGUUUGCCAAGGGAGCCAAGACAAUCGAUACAACGUGGACUCCAAAGUCCGGUCGGCUGACAAUUGUUGACUUGUCAUGUCCCUGCAUCACAGACGUGACGGCAUGCUCGCUAUUCACCAUCUGUCUCAGCUUGUUUCUGGAGCAAGAGUCUGAUGUUGGUCGUGUUGUGGCCCUGGAUGAGGCACACAAGUACAUGACAGGUUCUGCCGAAUGUGAGACUCUCACCGAGAGGCUCCUCUCGGCGAUUCGACUGCAGCGCCACCUUGCUGCGCGCGUCUUCAUCUCCACACAGGAGCCGACCAUUUCGCCAAAGCUGCUCGAUCUGUGCUCCGCAACCAUUGUGCAUCGCUUCACGUCGCCCGAGUGGCUCAACACACUCAAGUCGCAUCUCGCCGGUGCCUCAAAGCUGGGUGCCGGUUCAGCCACUGACCCGGACCAUAAUGGCAAUGAGGCCCUUGUGACGCCAACGUUGCGCAUUGGUGGCUCCGAAGACUUGUUGGCGGAUAUUUUUCAACAGAUUGUAUCGCUCCGCACCGGAGAGGCGCUACUCUUUGCUCCAAACGCCGCCAUUGGUGUCCGUCUGGAAAACGCGAGCUCAGAGUAUGAUUCGGAUGAUUCAUCAGUGGGGUCCUCGAGUGGCGAUGAAUCGGAGAGUACAGCGGGGAGUUGGAGGCCAUCCAGGGACUUGACAACCUUUUACAAGAGAAAUCCGAAGACUGGAGUGCUGAUAGCACAUGGUGUGGAAACCGCUGCUUCUAGAGAAAGGCGUGCAACAGACGUGAUUCGCUUGGGAAGCGGAGUACUCAAGAUUUCCAUCCGCCAACGUGUCACGCAAGAUGGUGGUCAGUCAAUCAUGUCUAAGUAG